GAAUUGUUGAAUUCACAUAACUUUGGUACCAUUGAAAAUUCCAAAUUGUCUAUGUGAGUCUGUCACAUGUGUCUAAAACCACGAUGGCAAGGAACUUCUAUUUCUCUGUAUAAAUAUGCUCUGAUUCAUACUCACUCCUCUCAUCCCUUGACUCAAUCACUUCUAUUCCCACCAUUAAGUUGAAACUCUUUCUUUUCUUCUCUUUUCUCUUCGUCUUCGUUUAUGGACUAUAAACAUACACACUAUGGAAGGAGGAGUGCCAGAAGCUGAUGUCUCUGCUUUCAGAGAGUGUUUGGCACUUUCAUGGAAGAAUCCUUAUGUUCUUCGUCUUGCUUUCUCUGCUGGAAUUGGUGGCCUUCUCUUUGGCUACGACACAGGAGUAAUAUCCGGGGCUCUUUUAUAUAUUAGAGAUGAUUUCAAAGCUGUGGAUAGAGAGACAUGGCUACAGGAAGCCAUAGUGAGCAUGGCACUAGCCGGAGCAAUAAUAGGAGCCUCUGUUGGAGGAUGGAUCAACGAUCGAUUCGGAAGAAGAAAAGCAAUAAUUCUUGCCGAUACACUCUUCUUCAUUGGAUCAGUUAUCAUGGCUGCUGCAACAAAUCCUGCAAUUCUCAUCGUGGGUCGAGUUUUCGUUGGACUCGGCGUUGGAAUGGCGUCGAUGGCGUCCCCAUUGUACAUCUCGGAAGCUUCUCCGACCAGAGUUCGCGGUGCUCUGGUUAGUCUCAAUGGAUUCCUCAUCACUGGUGGACAGUUUCUGUCCUACCUCAUCAACUUGGCUUUCACAAAUGCACCAGGAACAUGGAGGUGGAUGUUAGGAGUGGCUGCACUGCCGGCAUUAAUACAAAUAGUUUUGAUGACUAUGCUCCCAGAAUCACCUCGUUGGUUAUUCAGAAAGGAAAGAGAAGAAGAAGCGAAAACAAUUUUAAGAAGAAUUUACCCUCCGGAGGAUGUUGAAGAUGAAAUCAACACACUUAAGGAGUCAGUGGAGAUGGAAAUCAAGGAAGCUUCAAACUCAGAUAAGGUGAGCAUAACAAAAAUGCUGAAAACAAAAACAGUUAGAAGAGGCUUAUAUGCAGGAAUGGGCCUCCAAAUCUUCCAACAAUUCGUUGGCAUCAACACAGUUAUGUACUACAGCCCCACAAUCGUGCAACUAGCUGGAUUUGCAUCAAACAGAGUAGCACUCCUUCUUUCUCUUGUAACUGCUGGUCUCAAUGCAAUUGGUUCAAUUAUGAGCAUUUACUUCAUUGACAAGACUGGCAGGAGGAAGCUUCUUUUGUUCAGCUUGUCCGGCGUUGUGGUGUCCCUUGUUGUCUUAACUGUUGUGUUCCAUGAGACCACCACUCACUCUCCGAUGGUUAGCCCCGCCGACACGGCGCUAUUUAACAAUGCUACUUGCCCUGCUUUUAACGGUACUUUGGAUUCUGUCGGAUCUGCUGGUGGAUGGGAUUGUAUGAAGUGCCUUAAGGCUUCUCCAAGUUGCGGAUUCUGCGCUUCUGGAUCUAAUAAGAUCUUACCUGGAGCAUGUUUGAUCUCAGGCGACACAACAGAAAAGCAAUGUGAAAAUAAUGAGAGAUUAUGGUACACAAGGGGGUGCCCAAGCAAAUACGGUUUUCUUGCACUAAUAGGCCUUGCACUUUACAUAAUUUUCUUCUCACCAGGAAUGGGAACUGUUCCAUGGGUUGUGAACUCUGAGAUCUACCCUUUGAGGUACAGAGGGAUAUGUGGUGGAAUGGCAUCAACUUCAAAUUGGGUUUCUAAUCUAAUUGUUGCUCAGUCCUUUCUGUCACUCACAGAUGCUAUUGGCACUUCUUACACUUUCAUGAUCUUUAUAUUUAUCACCACUGCUGCCAUUGUGUUUGUUUUGAUCUUUGUUCCGGAAACUAAAGGGCUUCCCAUUGAGGCUGUGGAAAAGAUGCUUGAUAGAAGGACUUUGAACUUCAAGUUUUGGCAGGGGAAUCAUGAUGAUGAUGGUGAUGAUGAAGUAAUGAAACAAAAGACUCAGUCAGUUUGAGUUAGUUAUGUGUUGUGUAAUGUCGUCAUGGCACUACUAACAGAAAGAUAUAACAUGUUUAAUUAGCAUUAUAGAAUUAUUAUGAUUAUGAUUAUGGUCAAAUCUUGUGUAGAGAUUUCAAAUAAAUAAUUAGUGCUAUGUAUAUAUUAGAAGGGUAAUGUUAGAUAGCCAAAGAAUAAUUAUA